AUGGUGGAUCAUCGUGAAUCGCCAAUGGUAAGUAUCUCCGAUAACAAAGACGAUUAUUUUGUAUUUCCCGCAAUCAAUCACGAGAAUCUCAAUCCCUUAACAAAUCAUCAAAUUCCAUGUUCAAAAUCGCAAUUGCAAUCGCUAUCGCAAUUACCCCCUUCUUCUUCAUCUUCUGAUUGUCACAUGUCAGGCGAAUAUUCUUCUCUCUCGCCACCACCGCUCGAUUCUAGCCUCCGAAAAGGUGGCGACUUUAUCGGGUGGAUGAGCAUUGGCUUCCAGAUCUUGCGUUCUAAGUUCUUUUCCGCGGUUUCAUCUUUCCAGAACCCCGGAGGGGCAAUUCGGUCAUAUGGGUUACCUGCUGCCAUCGUGGUGAUUAUCGUUGUGACGUUGAUGAAGAGGAAGGAGAGUAAGAGGAACCUCACACCCAAUGAGUCUCGUCUUCUGCAAAUCAUUAUGGAGAAAGACGGGAAAAUUGCCCAACUUUUGCACCAGAUUGCACAAAUGAAUGAAAUACUGAUAGAUAGUCACAAAGCUUUGGCUGGAAAAGUGGUUGUUUUAUUUACAGAAAAUUGCCCAACUUUUGCACCAGAUUGCACAAAUGAAUGA